CGCAGCUGUUUCCCAUCAUCUACUCCUAAACAGAAAUGAUCAGUUUCUCACUCUUCCCAAGCCAAAACAAAGCACAGAUACUCUGAGAGAGAGAGAGAGAGAGAGACAGUUUUUGUGCAUUUCAUUCAUGCCAACACGAACUACUCAUCUUCCACCCUCCACUUCCUCUUCCUCUUCCUCUUCCACUCACUGAGCCAACAAAAAAAUGGGCCGCAACUCGGCGAGCCCCGACCGCCUCUCCUCCGGCGAAGAGGACGGCGUCAAUGCCGCCGCCGCUGCCAAUUCCACCACCGGUCUAGGUUUCCGCUCGAUCCGCGACCGUAUUCGCUUCAAACGAAACCCUAACCCGACCACAACAACAACGACAAGUCCGGUUAACAACAACAACACCAAGGAUCGAACCGGUAAAACGACGUCGGAUCGGCGCAGAUCCCACCACCACGGCCGCCCGGCCCCAAGCGCUCGCAAGUUCCCGUUGUUUCCGUUCAGGGGGAGGUCGUUGUUCUACUUCUGCGUGUUCCUCGCGGUAUUCUUGUUCGCGCUGGCGUCGAUGGUGCUGCAGAGCUCGAUCGCGUCGGCCGUGUUCCGUAUGGGGGGUGGUAGUGAGAGGAGGGGGAGGAUGGUGAGGGAGGGCUUGAAGUUCGGGAGCUCGUUGAGGUUCGUGCCCUCGGCGACGGUUGGCCCGCGGGGGCGGGGUUCCGUCGAGCUGGAUCGGUUGCGGCGGAGUGGGCCUAGAAUUGGUAUCCGGCCGCCCAGACUUGCUCUUGUCUUAGGAAACAUGAAAAAUGAUCCAGUGUCAUUGAUGCUGUAUACUGUGGUGAAGAGUUUACAGGAACUCGGCUAUUUGUUUAAGAUUUAUGCAGUAGACGAUGGGAAAGCGCAUUCUGUGUGGGAGAAAAUAGGAGGUCAAAUCUUUAUCCUAAGUCCGGAGAGAUAUCACCAAAUUGAUUGGUUAACCUUUGAAGGUGUUAUAGUGGAUUCUCUUGAAGCAAGAGCUGCCAUUUCAAGCCUUAUGCAGGAGCCCUUUUGUUCGGUACCACUUGUAUGGGCAAUUCAGGAAGAUACACUCGCUAAUCGCCUUCCCGCGUAUGAGGACAUGAGCUGGGAACAUCUUAUUUCUUCCUGGAGAAGUGCUUUUAGCCGUGCUGAUGUUAUUGUUUUUCCAGAUUUUUCUCUCCCGAUGUUAUAUAGUGUGCUUGACACUGGAAACUUCUUUGUGAUUCCUGGAUCACCAAUAGAUGUGUGGGCUGCUGAAGGCUACAGUAAAAGCCACUCCAAAAUGCAGUUAAGGACGGACAAUGGGUUCAAUAAAGAUGAUAUGCUGGUUCUAAUAGUUGGGAGUUCUUUCUUCUACAAUGAGCUAUCUUGGGAGUAUGCGGUUGCAAUGCAUGACAUAGGACCUCUGCUACUCAAAUAUGCAAGGGGCAAAGACUCCAAGGGGGCAUUUAAAUUUCUGUUCUUGGGUGGAAACUCCACCGACGGAUACACUGAUGCUUUACAGGAAAUUGCUACUCAUUUGGGAUUCCAUCAUGGUUCAGUAAGGCACUAUGGGAUGAAUGGUGAUGUAAAUGGUUUGCUACUAAUGGCUGAUAUUGUUCUAUAUGGUUCCUCCCAAGAUGUACAGGGUUUUCCUCCAUUACUUACACGAGCCAUGUCAUUUGGAAUUCCCGUGAUUGCACCUGACUACCCUGUUAUUAAAAAAUAUGUUGUUGAUGGAGUUCAUGGGAUGAUUUAUCCGAAACAUCAGCCUGAUGCGUUGAUGAGAGCUUUCUCGCUUUUGAUAUCGAAAGGAAAACUCUCUAAAUUUGCUCAUUCUGUGGCUUCUUCUGGAAGGCUGUUGGCUAAGAACAUGCAGGCAUCAGAUUGUGUUACUGGUUAUGCAAAACUUUUGGAGAAUGUCCUCACUUUCCCAUCGGGUGCCCAGCUGCCAGGUCAGAUUUCAAAGCUCAAACAAGGUACAUGGGAAUGGAAUUUGUUCAGGAUGGAAAUGGAACAGGGAAUUAUGGAUCAGAAGGGCUCUUACGUGAGAAAUUCUAGCAUUGUCUAUGCCCUCGAGGAACAGUUGACCAAUCACUUCGAUUUAGGGGAUGGCAAUCAGAGUGAGCCUGAGGUACUGGCACAGGACAUUCCUACAGACCUAGAUUGGGAUAUCUUAAUGGAGAUAGAAAAUUCUGAGGAGAUGGAAAGCCUUGAAAUGGAGGAGAUUGAAGGAAGAAUGGAGAAAGAUUCAGGUGUGUGGGAUGAGAUAUAUCGCAACGCUCGAAAAGCUGAAAAACUUAAGUCUGAAGGACAUGAAAGAGAUGAAGGAGAGCUAGAAAGAACUGGCCAGGCGUUGUGUAUAUAUGAAAUAUACGAUGGAGCUGGGGCGUGGCCCUUUCUCCAUCACGGUACUUUGUACCGUGGGUUAAGUCUUUCCACAAGUGCACGAAGAACGAGAUCAGACGAUGUGGAUGCAGUUGGACGGCUUCCCCUGUUGAAGGAAUCAUACUAUAGGGAUAUUCUUUGCGAGAUUGGAGGCAUGUUUGCUGUUGCUAACAGUGUUGACAACAUUCAUAAGCGGUCAUGGAUUGGAUUUCAGUCAUGGCGUGCUGGUGGCAGGAAGGUAUCACUGUCUACUAGAGCGGAACAGGUUUUGGAAGAAAAAAUAAAAGAGGAAACCAAAGGAGAAGUAAUUUACUUCUGGGCGCACUUUGGCAUGGAUAGUGGACUUUCAGGAAGUAAUGAUGCACUUACUUUUUGGUCCAUGUGUGACAUCCUAAAUGGAGGGAACUGCCGAACUGCCUUUGAAGAUGCCUUCCGCAGGAUGUAUGCCUUGCCAUCCCACAUUGGGGCUCUUCCUCCCAUGCCUGAAGAUGGUGGUCACUGGUCUGCUCUGCAUAGCUGGGUGAUGCCAACCCCUUCCUUUCUAGAGUUCAUAAUGUUUUCCAGGAUGUUUGCUGAUUCUCUCAAUAGCUUGCACACCAAUUCAAGCGAAAUCACGACUUGCUUGUUGGGUUCCUCAAGCCUUGAGAAAAAGCAUUGCUAUUGCCGGAUUUUGGAACUCCUAGUCAAUGUAUGGGCUUAUCAUAGUGCGCGUAAGAUGGUUUACAUUGACCCACACACGGGUUCACUACAAGAACAGCAUCCAAUUGAGCAACGAAAGGGAUAUAUGUGGGCAAAGUACUUCACUUUUUCUUCAUUGAAGAGUAUGGAUGAAGACCUUGCUGAAGUGGCUGAUGACAACGACCACCCCAGUGAGACGUGGUUGUGGCCACUAACAGGGGAAGUAUAUUGGCAAGGCGUAUAUGAGAGAGAGAGGGAAGAGAGAUAUAGACUAAAGAUGGACAAGAAGAGGAAAACUAAAGAGAAACUAUUGGAUAGGAUGCAGUAUGGAUACAAGCAGAAGUCACUCGGAAGAUAGGAAGCUUAAAAAGAUUCUGAAUUUUGAGCUUGAGAAGUAAGUAGAGCGAAUGGGAACACUAUUGACUCCUAACACAGAAACUAACCGAUUUUCGGUUCUGGACUCCAAAAAAGGAAAUACACAUACACAGAUAAAAGGAGAGCUCAAAUUCUUUCUAACAACAUCGAGAUUUUUGACCGCUGGAAGCUCUGAUAGGUAUUUGUCUCACUAUUACUUAAGGAGUUACAUGCUAUAUAUACGGAGUGGAGAAAUAACAGAGGCUAGCUCUUUAAAGCCGCCUUACUCUCGAGAUUUCUCAAGCGGCUCUGACCAGAUACGUACCACUGGCAUUUUGAGAACAUGAUACCAGAAACUAUUAUAGAUUCUUUUGUCGAUGUAUAUAUAGAGCCUAGGGGACAACAGUUGCAAUUUUGGUUGGUAUACGAAGUUGGUUAAUGGUUA